AGGAUGCAGAUGAAGUAUAAGUGGGAUCAACUCAAGAAGAAUUGGAAAAUUUGAAAUGAUUUGAAACGACGAUCAACGGUUGGGAUCCGGUGAAGCAAACCAUUGAAGCUUCAGAGGAGAGGUGGAAAGAAAGACUUGUGCGAAGAAGUACAAAGUUUUUGGAAUUGACCCCGGGUUCGAGGAGAAGUUGGACCGGAUGUUUAUGAGUGUCGUCGCAACAGACAAAUAUGCAUGCACUCCAAGUGAGACAGGGUGUUGUGGUUGCCAUGAGAAUGAAGUCAUCAACCUAUCAUCACCCGAUCUCCACAGCUCGGAACUCCUCAAAAUCCAGCCCACCAACAAUUCUAAGCGUCCUCGUGUUGAGGGUAGAAAAAAAGGGUGGAGCUGCUUAUCUUAGAAGCCAAUUAUCACAUCUAAUAGGUACUUCCAAAGAUGCCCCGCAUACAGUUCAGACAACUUCCAUUAAGCAGGUCGUGCAAAUUUUGGAUGAAAAUGAAGAAAUUUCAGAGGGUUUUAAGCUAUACUUUUCUGCAGUUGACUAAUGAAAAAGCUACUGCAAUUGAUCAAGGGGAGGCACAUGAUUUCUAUCUCGACAAGUUUCCAGAGGAAAAUCCUUUAUUUUGGUUUGUAACUUGGAGAUGGGUGCUUAGCCUUGGUUUUGACCACAUGUUUACAUCCCCUAUUUUCUUAGGCAUGUUGGCUCUUCUCGCAGCAUCACUCAUGUCUUGCACAUACACUACUCAGAUCCCUAUUGUUAAAGUUGCUAGAAGAUGGUCUUUCAUCCACUCUGUCGAGGCUAUUAAUAAACAAGAGUUUUGUGAUUCUCUUCCACAUGCAUCCAUUCAAGAUCUGGGUGUUAUUUUGAUGGGUGCUGGAUAUGAGGUAAAUGAAUAUGCAAUAAGAUCAUUUCAAUUCCUAGUGUAAACAUUUGAUGCAAU